AUGCCGAAUAUCGCGGCAUCUUGGGUGCCUCCGCACCCAGGCGGGGGCCAGCGGAGUGAUCACUCGAACAACGGCAGGGAUGCUGCAGCGGCCGCCUUGGAGGUGUUUCAAGACUUCACGUGGUACAGCGCGACGCUGCUCUCGCACCUCUUUGCGUUGGAGCAUGCGCAGCUGGAGCGAGCCGCGGCAGUCGAGGAGAGCCACCGGCGCGCCGCCGCAGCUCACAGCCCUCAGCUGCUAAUGAGCGCCGCUGUUGAGGCUGUGAAAGCGACUGCUGGUGUGGCACCUGCUUCCGCCGCUGCAGCGACGUCAAGGAAGAUAAGUGACCGUUGCUCUCUCGGUCAAAAACUUGAGUUCGAAAGUGGUGAGUCCGGCGGUGGUGAUUAUGGCAGUGGGAGUAGUGGCGCCGAAGCACUGGCAACACCGUCACUGUCACCGUCUGCCCCCGACGAGUCGCAGAAACUGUCGCAGAUUGCCACGCAACAUCGGCCACACAUCUUAUUAGGGUUUUCCAUGUUGGGUGAUGCCACGGCGAGGGGUGUAGUGGAUCCAGUGUUAGCGGACUCUGCCACGCGAUGGGCGCUUCCGCAGGCUACCAAGGUUGCCGGGCUACCAGUUGCCCUUCCUGCUGCUGCUCCAACAGCUGCGGCCAAGACGAGUGCAUCGGACACUGCCAUCACGGCGUUGCUGACUGUCUUUGAUGCCUACUACUUCCCAUCGGACCUCUUCUACGCAGCUGACACUGUCUCAUCUGCCAUGGCUGGAGAAGAUGGUGAGAGGGAAGAUCCUGCACUCCUCGGCGGUGGCUCCAAUGCCAUGCAUGUGGCAAGAGAUGGCGCGAGGAGCAUGCCACAGGGGGGCACUACCUCCGCCGAGGCCACAGGUCCGGGAACAGGCAGCGGCACCAACGCACCUUCGGUAACGGCAGAAGCGCUACGUGAGGCCUUUCACGCCCUCUUGGUACUGGGUCAGCGCUGCGCGGUUUUUGCCCUCAAGCACCGCGGCAUUAUCGGUUGCAGCGGCGACGCAGCGGCAAGUCUCACUGGGCGUGGCUGUGCGGACUUUGAGAGUGAAGGCGACACCGACCGUCGCUACUCUCCUCGCAUUGAUGGCGAGAAUCUGCCCACUACCGCAGCCGCUGCCCAGAUGGAUGAUGUGACAGGCACCGGUUUCUCCUCCGAGGACGACGCGAGAGCAGACGAAGCGGUGCAACAGGCGGCCUCUGCGUCGCUGCAGUUUCUUCUCCAGCUUGCGUGCAGCUGUCCAUGUGCCUCUCUCGCGUACGCGGCGCAGCUUUGCGUCGCUCACGCGCUGGCUGUGCAACCGCCUCCAUGCAACUCGACCGGCUGGAUCGCACGGCAGCAGCUGAUGCGUUACCUACCAACGCUGCAGCCGCAGUCCCGCGGCACGUCUGCGGCGGAUGCAAGUGUGAACAACACCUCCGUUGGUGGGCUUCAGAAGCAUUGCAGCCUCGGAGGUGGCGGUAGUUCAACAGCGUCGGCGAGUAGCAGUAGCGGGAACAAGAGUAAAUGCGUUCCUACCACGCAGCACGUGCGGCCGGAGGACGCGAUGCUGUGGUUUGAUACAGCUGGUGAGGUGCACUUGAUGACUGCCCAGCACUGGUGGGACGCUCAGCAGCCGCAGCAUAGUGCGACGUGCCUCGCGUACUGCGGCCCACUGCCGGCUACCACCGCCCUCCCAACAGUCCAGCGCGUGCUCAUGGAGGAGGAAGCAUACAUGGGGCCUAACGGCAGCGCCGCGGCGGCGCUAAAGUCCGUGUUGGAGGCGGUCUCGACUGAAGUAUGCCUUAACGCCCGCGCUAUUCCGGGCUCUCCGUCGUCGCGUGUUCCUACGUCCUUGCGACGGCGCCGCGGCGUGCAUCACUUCGUAGGGACCAGUGCUGGUGGGUCCUGCUUGUCCACCGGUGACGGCGAAGACGGCGUGGCUGGUGGGCGUGAGCAAAAUCGGUCUUCAAGGCUUGCCGGCGCGUGUGCUGCGGUGGCAGCGACCAGCGGAUCAGGCGCUUCCGUGGGACGCGCGCAAGGAGCCGCUGUCGUGGAAACGUCCAGUCGCUUGUCAAAGGUGGCAAAGCGGCGCCGAGCUCUCCUGUUCGCACUCGCCCAAAGUCAUUUGCUCCCUCCUGUGCAGCAGCUCGCGACGUCCAAGACGCUUCUAUACGGCGUGUUCAUGGAUGGUGGGGAGUGCCCGUCCUAUUACAAGCUUCUCUCUCUCUACCCCGAGGUGCUUCGCGCGCAUCACGCAGCGCUGAACUAUGUCCUCUUUGGAGAGGGCCCGCUCUUGGUGGACAUGCGGCUGAUGGUUGCGGUUAUGGCAGCGAGCAGGCACCGCUGCGAGUACCUCGUCUCUCGCUUUUCGGCACUGCUCUUGCGCUACGCAGAGGAGACGAAGCUGGAUGAGUAUGUGGACGACGACGACGACUGUGGCCCUGGGGGUGGGUGCGGUAUGAUGCAUGGUAACCACCACGGCGGCCUCUACAGCAGCAGGGACACCCGCGGUCAUGCUGCGUACGGCGACAAGGAUGCUGCCGAUACAUACGAAUACGAUGAUGGCGCCCACUUUGCAAGCACGUCGACUGGCCUGCGACAGCAGAAGCAGCGGCACCAUGACACAUCGGCCACUGGCUGCUUUCGAGGUCACUCUCGUCAGCGCUGGAUCACGCACGGCCCACCGGAGCGGUUGCGCGCCGUCCAGCAUUUCAUUGCCCUCGCCGCCCACACACCGUGGACUCUCGGCGAGGAGGAGAUUCGCAACAUCCUGGCAUGUGGUUGGACCAUUCCGGAAGUCUUUCAGCUUGUAGCCAUCGUGACGCAGGUAGUGCCGCUCUGUGGCUUCGUCAUGGGCCUCUUCGUGCCAACGGAGCCGUGGACCAUGACGCUGCUGCCGCUGGAAGUGGUGGAGCAGCUGAGUCAUCGCGCCGUUACGGAGGACGUACUUGCCGGGUCUUCUGGUAGCAUGGGUAGUAUCGGGAUCGGCGGUGGUCGAAACGGCGGCGGCGGCGAGCGCGGUAGCCAGGCGGGCGGCCGGGCACCAUCUGCGCAGGAGGACGUGUAUCGCCGGUUCGCUGGCGACGACAACGUGGUCAGUGAGCAGCGCAUCAAGGGAGGUACCACCGCCGCCAACCCGCCCACGCUGUGGCGCAGUCGUUUCACCUGGAACGAUGUGGGGGCUACUUCGAUGGAGCACUACUACCCCGGUGCUGCAACGCUUCUCAGUGAAGAAAUGGAGUGCUACUUCGAUGUGGUACGGCAGCUAACCAAGGCGGAUUGUGUGGGGCUGAUGAGCCCCGACUAUGACCCCUCCUACGCCUUCCGCUCCCUCCAGCUCUACGUGCAGAACCUUGUUGGCUUCAUGGUGGAGGACUAUUCCUACAAUGAUAUCAACAAGGUGCUGCGGCGUCCAGCCAAGUGGUUUGCGCAAGUGCUGACGAUGCGGCCAGAGACACUCUCUCGCAGCGAGGUAGUGCGCUGGUACGUUCCGACGAUCCCGCCGAUCGGGAAAGCGUCCAACACGAGCGCCGAAUCUUCGCUCGUGACGCACCAGCUGAAGCGAGAGAUCGAGUUACUGUCGGUCGUGGACAGCGCGCGGGGUGGCCACCGCGGUGGCAUCGAGUCGGCCAGCGCACACCAGGACAACGGUGAUAAGAUACCCCCCACCCCUGCCGAGGCAGCACGUGACGCUGUCGAGUCGGAGGCCCUGCAGACCGCCUUGACCCUUCAGGACGAACGAGUACUGCUGCUGAUUGCCCUCGCUACGAUGGAGGCCCGCAAAGAAGGCCUUCUCCACAUUCUUCUGCGACCCGUAUGUGCGGUCCUGAACAACAUGUGA